UUUAUUCUUGUUAAUUACCGUAUCUCAGUGCUACAUUAUUAUUUCGCUUUUAGUACCGUGAAUAUUAUUUCUGUGAGGGUUUAAUCCCAAUAUUAUGCUCCUAUGGCAGAUGACUUUUCCGUCUUUCAUCCUACAGCUUUACAAUGGUUUAUUCUGCAUACCUAUGUAGCUUAAUUUUGAAUAUAACAAUUGAACUGUGAAAUGUGGAAAUAGUGAAAAAUCACCACCGGAGAGUACUUUAUUUGCACAGCUGCAUUCUGAAUGAGCAAGUCUUCUUUGUUUUCUUUUCUGGUUCCUUUUUAAUGCUUUUGUGGUAUUUAUACUUGAAAAACUGAACAUCUGGUUAGCUAAGUGUUGCGUCAGAACUAUGGAAACAUUAAAAUGUUAGAGCAAUAAUAUAACAGCUUAUUUUAUCCAAAGCAGAGAAGAUUGUAAGGAAAGAGUUUUUAACUAUUUUUCCAGCCAACUCUUCCACCUCCUAGGCUAGACAAGCUAUUUUUAGCAAGCAACCUCUUGUACUUCUACUCACGUCCCUGAAAAUAACGUUUACAUGUGUUAAGUAUAUAGCUAGCGCCUCUUCUGAACAAAGAUCAAAUAAAUUAUCCGAAGUAGUUUAUCAAGUAAUCACUUAAUCUAAUGAUCGCCAAAUGCAUAUAUAAGCGACUAUGGAUGCCAAGUCCAAAAAAGUAAAGAACAGGAAGGGGUAUAAUUUAGUCACCUGUUCUGAAUUCUUGUCAAUAUUAAUAUUGGCAAAGUUAUUUUCAUAUUACCUAUAUAUUACAUGUUCGAGCAGUGAAAACAGUCAUUAGUGUUUGCAUUAGGGUAGGUUGUUUACGUUACACCCUUAAGUUGCAGUCCUUCCAGGGACCCUGCACGAAUGCGGGAUAUUUUAUGCACCGAGUUGCUAUUUUUUUUAUUAGUAUUAUUAAUAUUGUCAAAUAGGUGGUUAUACAAGGUAAUGAUUAUUGUGCAAAGGUUCUAAAUAUGGGCAAAUGAGAAGCUCAGAUCAUAAUUUUACGGUAAGAAUUUUUGAUAAAUUGAAGAGAACUCUACAGGCUUCCAAUUACUACAAAUUAUGCCUAGAUUAAGGAUAGUUACAUCCCACCAAACUGGUGUUGAUUAUUGAGCCUUGUCAAAUAGCAUUUGCCGGCACAUAAACUUAUUUCCUUUGGCAAAAGAUUUCAUUUCUUCCGUCAUCAUUUUGUUCUGUGCCAAACCUAAUCCGUGUGUGUUAACACUAUGUGACAAACAAAUACAAACUUUGUAGUAUAGUAAAAUACUUUGUCCUUCUUAUCAUCACCAAAUAAAAUAAAACAAAAAACAAAAAAAUCACCCCUUAUUAACUCUUCCUUUGUUUUCUCCCCUCCACCUCUAAUCUUAAUACACACACACACACACACACAAACACAGGCACACUCCACACACUAGCAAGAACACAUAUUGAGAGUGAUGGAGGACAGUACUAGUGCAGUUCAGCCACAUGAAGUCGAAGAAUGUAGAGGUGUUCUUAGGGUGUAUAGUGAUGGAACUAUAGUAAGAUCAAGUAAGCCAAGUUUUGAAGUACCAAUACAAGAUGAUGGCUCAGUUCUUUGGAAAGAUGAUGUAUUUGACGCCAUGCAUAACCUUCAACUCCGGCUCUACAAGCCGGCUUUGGCCACUUCGGCCACUAAGCUGCCCAUCUUCUACUACAUUCAUGGGGGCGGCUUUUGCAUCGGCUCACGGACGUGGCCAAAUUGCCAAAACUAUUGUUUCAAGCUAGCUUCUGAGCUCCAAGCCGUGGUUAUCUCCCCCGACUAUCGGUUGGCUCCUGAGAACCGGCUCCCAGCUGCCAUUGAAGAUGGUUACAUGGCUGUGAAAUGGCUCCAAGAUCAAGCCAUGUCUAAUGAGCCUGACACGUGGCUUACAGAUGUUGCUGACUUUAGCCGAGUGUUUAUUUCAGGUGACUCAGCCGGUGGCAACAUCGCGCAUAAUUUGGCAAUUCGGCUUAGAGUUGGAUCAAUCGAGCUGGCGCCGGUUCGAGUUAGAGGUUAUGUAUAUUUGCUUCCUUUCUUUGGAGGGACUACAAGGACAAAGUUUGAAGCUGAGGGACCUAAAGAAGCUUUUUUAAACAUUGAGCUCAUUGACAGGUUUUGGAGGUUAUCAGUACCAAUAGGGGAAACAACUGACCAUCCACUUGUGAACCCAUUUGGGCCCAACAGCCCAGACUUGGAAAAGAUUGAUCUUGACCCAAUUCUUGUAAUUGUUGGAGGAUAUGAUCUUCUUAAAGACAGAGCUGAAGACUAUGCAAAGAGAUUGAAGGAAUGGGGAAAGAAGAUUGAAUAUGUGGAGUUUGAAGGACAACAACAUGGUUUUUUCACUAUUUAUCCUAAUUCAAAGCCUUCCAAGAAGUUGAUGCUCACUAUCAAGAAGUUCAUUCGAGACAAUUCUUCUUAAGAAGAUACAAGAAAUUUAUUGCUAAUAAAGUUUGGUUUUCCUUAAAAAUGUAAUUCUUCUUCUUUUUGUUUGUUUUGUUCCGUCUGUUUUCUUGUUUUAUUGCUAUGC